GGGCAGUACACCCGCCCCCUUCUCUUCCACCACGUGUGUAUCUUUGCCCGGGCUGCCGCCCUAGCUCAUUCCCUAGCCGGCUGGUUUCAGAGGCGGAGGAGGGGGUUGUUAGCCUUGGACUGAGGGUUCGCUAUGGGAAGUUGCUCGUUCGUUCUCCUGCACCCAGCCCUUCUCCCUGGUUAUUCGCAGCCGGUUUCGGAGGCGAGGAAAGGCAGGCUACGGCUGCUGCAGCGGCUGCCUCUCCUCCCCUUGGCUGCUGCACCGCUGGGCAGGUGCUGAAAGCCACCCAAACCCACUUCUGCCGCUCUCUUCCACCUCUUCUCCUGCCGCAGUCUCUAUGGAGCAUCUGAGUUAGAUGGGCUCCUGGCCCCGGAGACAGCGGUGGAUGUGGCGCUGGGCAGAGGCAGCUAGGGAGUGUAGCUGCCGCGGGGCAGCGGGCCACAGGCUCCUCUGCGAGCCCCCGGACCAUCCAUGGGGGCUUCUGCGAGCAGCACUGCCGCCGGCCGGCGCUGCUCCAGCUUCGCCUCUUCUUCCAGCUGGAUCGCCAGCAGACCCAGAGCCGCAAUGAUCACCCGCUCCUUCUUCCUGCUUAUAUUCCUUACCACCACUCCUGCUCAGCCCAAGCAGCUGACUUCUGAACAGGAUGCCAUGAAUCUCUUUGGCACGUAUCUCCAUUUUGACUCUGCCACUGGCCACUGGCUUACCUGUGACAAGUGUCCAGCUGGAACCUUUGUGUCUGAGCACUGUACCAACACUACCCUGCGGGUAUGCAGCCGCUGCCCCCCUGGGACUUUUACCAGGCACGAGAAUGGCAUCCAGAAAUGCCAUAACUGUAGUCAACCUUGCCAACAGCCAAUGGUUGAGAAAUUACCCUGUACUGCCUUGACUGACCGGGAAUGUGCUUGCCCAACUGGCACAUUUCAGUCUAAUGGUACCUGUGUCCCCCACACGGUUUGUCCCGUGGGUUGGGGUGUACGGAAGAAAGGGACGGAGACUGAAGACGUGCGGUGCAAGCAGUGCCCUUCGGGUACCUUUUCUGAUGUGCCUUCUAGUGUGAGGAAAUGCAAAACUUACACCAACUGCCUGAGCCAGAACCUGAUGGUGGUAAAGCUGGGGACAAAGGAGACAGACAACGUCUGUGGCCCGCUCCCGACUUACCCAGGCACGCUUCCGUCUUUCCCUGACACAGCCAUCUUUGCCAGCCCUGAGCAGGUGGAAUACCAUGAAGUUCCUUCUCCCACUUACAUUCCCAAAGGUAUGAACUCAACGGGAUCCAACUCUUCUGCUUCUGCCAGACCAAAGGUACACAGUGGCAGCCAGGAAUUGGCAGCCCCCAAAAAUGCCACCUCGGUCAAGGAGAGGGGAGGUGUGAAUAAGACCUUCCCAAACCUCCAGGUUGUGAACCACCAGCAAAGUCACCACCACCGGCAUAUCCAAUCGGUCCCAAAACCGCUGCCCCCCAUGGAGGCCACGGGAGGGGAGCGGUCCAGUACUCCCAUCAAGGCCCCCAAAAGGGGGUCCCCUAGGCAGAACCUGCACAAACAUUUUGAUAUCAAUGAGCACUUACCUUGGAUGAUCGUCCUCUUCCUCCUGCUGGUGCUCGUGGUGAUUGUGGUGUGCAGCAUUCGGAAGAGCUCAAGGACUCUAAAGAAAGGCCCCCGGCAGGAUCCCAGUGCCAUUGUGGAGAAGGCUGGCCUGAAGAAAUCCUUAACCCCCACGCAGAACAGGGAGAAGUGGGUUUACUACUGCAACGGGCAUGGUAUUGACAUUUUGAAGCUGGUGGCAGCCCAGGUGGGAAGCCAGUGGAAGGACAUCUAUCAGUUUCUGUGCAAUGCCAGUGAGCGGGAGGUGGCUGCAUUUUCCAAUGGAUACACGGCAGAUCAUGAAAGGGCCUAUGCAGCCCUGCAGCAUUGGACCAUACGGGGCCCUGAAGCCAGCCUUGCCCAGUUAAUCAGUGCUCUGCGUCAGCAUCGGCGGAAUGACGUUGUGGAGAAAAUUCGAGGUCUCAUGGAAGACACAACUCAGCUGGAAGCUGACAAGCUGGCCCUUCCAUCAAGUCCCACCCCACUCAGUCCCAGCCCUAUCCCUAGCCCCAACCCGAAGUCUGAGAAUGCCACUGUCCUGACUGUGGAACCAUCCCCCAUGGAUAAGAACAAGGGCUUCUUCGUGGAUGAGUCAGAACCCCUUCUCCGUUGUGAUUCCACAUCCAGUGGCUCCUCUGCUCUGAGCAGGAAUGGCUCCUUUAUUACCAAAGAAAAGAAAGACACAGUGUUGCGGCAGGUACGCUUGGACCCUUGUGACUUACAGCCAAUCUUUGAUGACAUGCUCCAUAUCCUGAAUCCAGAGGAACUGCAUGUGAUUGAGGAAAUCCCUCAGGCUGAAGACAAGCUGGACAGGCUGUUUGAGAUUAUUGGAGUCAAGAGCCAGGAAGCCAGUCAGACACUCCUGGACUCUGUUUAUAGCCAUCUUCCCGAUCUACUGUAGGACACUGGGGACACUGCACUCUGGAUCAUUGCGUAGGGCGCUUGGGAAAGAUGAUGGACAGCUAGGAGACGUGAUCUUUUUUUUUAACUGCAAUACAGGGCCAGUGUUUUGAGUUCUUUUCUUUUCAUUCCCCUUCUUGAGAAAGGACAAGUUCAUACAUCCUUUCUAGUUGUAACUGCCAGUGUGUUUUUUUUUUAAAGUUUUGUCUUUUCUCUAUUCAGCAUUUUUAUAUUCCUUCCAAUCACCCUGUGCACUUUAAAUUCACUUAACCCACCAUAAAUAUGGUGUGACCUUUCUCCUCCGCCCCUGCACACUGAAUUUGGGAUCUUGCUAAAGCCUCUUGUUCGUUUUAAAUUUAAUGUCUAGUCUCUCUCUUGUUCUCAAUUCAAAGUCUCAUUCCUUCACCCCCUCCUCCCACUCCCCUUCCCUUAAAGUUUUUGUUUUAUAUCAAUGAUUAUUUUUCCUCUGGGGUAAAGGAAAUUAGAGGCUCAAUACCGAGUCACGCUCAUGUGACCUGUUUUUACUUGAGUUAACUUUUUAAUGUGUCCUGUUAUAUCAUUUGUAUACACGGCUGAUGUUUGACUAGCACUCUCAUUGAUUUAUGGUAUUCGCCUGGACGAUACAUAGAAUGUUUGGUUUACUCCUACUCCUUUUAAGCGGAAGCUCUCAUGGGGAAAGGGUUCUUCUUUUUGGCCUUUAGGACUUGCAAAUACGGUUGUGUGGCAUCCCAGCCAAAAAAAGGAGAAUUUUAACCUCUCCUAUUGUGGACUGAGCAGUCACGCAAUGUUGAUGCUGCACUCUGGGAAGCAGGAACCGGAGCCCCAUCAGGACCCGCCCCUUUUCCACAGUCCGGAUUUGCCCAGUUAUGCUUUACAAGAUGUCUUGGUUUUUGAUACAUGCAUAGCCAAUAGUUCCAGUUGGGCCUCACAACCUUGCUUGGUCCUGGUGGUAUCUACCAUCAUGCAAUCACUUUUGUUAAAAUGGCUGCAACUGUAAGAACUCUUGUCUGAUAUAUUUGCAACUCUUAGGCUCCCAUUAUGAACACACACACACACAUGCACAUGUGCAUACACACGCACACAGAGUCUGUUAAUGCUCAAUGGCAAGAAUUGAAUGUGAAGGUGGCCUAGGCUACUUUGGUAUGGAAGGAGUGGUGGGGUGGUGGUGAUGGUGGUGGUGGUGGUGGUGGUGAGGGUCUGAUGUGGAAAAUAAAAUGCCUUCAAGUGUACUAAUUUAUUAAUAAAUAUUAGGUGUUUGUUACUUGACUUGUUUGGGUGUGUUAAUCCUUAAUCCUAACAAUUAAGAGCUUUUUAGCCUUGGGAGGUAGUAGUGAUCUCCCCAUUCUGGCAGCUAGGUGACACAGUAGAGAGCCCUCAGCCUCGAGUCGGAAGGACUUGAGUUCACAUGCAGCCUCAGAUACUGAAUAGCUGUAUAACUAUGGGAAAGUCACUUAACCUCUGUCUGCCUCAGUUUCCUUAAUUGUAAAAUGGAGAUCAUAAUAACACCUACUUCGCAGGGCUACUAUGAGGGUCCAAUGAUAUAAUAUUUGUAAAGUGCUUAGCACAGUGCCCGACACAUGGUAGGCUCUUAAUAAAUAUUCAUUCCCUUUUUUCUAGUCACUAGAGAUCUAAAAGCAAAGGCUGAAUAGCCAUUGUGUUUGUAUGAUGUCACAUAAGAAUAGUUUCUGAGUAUUUUCAGAACUCCCACUGCCCCUGAAGUUGCUUCAGAGGAUUAUGCCUACGAACAAAAGGAAAUAGGAUCUUGAAAAAUGUUGGCAAAAUGAAGUAAUUGUGCUUGUGUUAUCAUAUCUGCUAAUUUUUCCUCUUGGAGAAAAAUCAGCCUUUUAUGUACCACUGGACAAAGUGUGGUGCAUUGAAAUUGGUACAAGAUUUGAAGUCAAAGGACUCUUUCAUGGCACGUAGUAGGCACUUUAUAAAUGCUUGUUAAGCGAUAGACUUGGGUUCAACCCUGGCUUUGCCACUUGUUUGUCUAACUUUGGGCAAAUUACUUAAACCCACUGAGCCUCUGUUUCCUCACCUGUAAAUUGAGGGGGUUGGACUAAAUGAUCCCUAAGGUCCCUACCAGCAGUAGACUGAUGAUUAAUGCACUUAAUGCACAUUUUUGGAGACUUAUACGCAUAUAACUGGAAGCAUCUGACAGUGUGUAAUGCAGACACAUUCACAGUGUGUAUCGUAGAAGCAUUCACAAGCUCCCUAGGACUAACCCAGCUAGUCCCUUAAGUACCUGGUUUGAAGAUCUUCAGGGCAACCAGAUGUUCCUCCUUUAGCCCUUCAUAGAAGCUAAAGAAAGGCCUGGGAAAGAUUGAAGGGAGGGAAAGGAGUAUUUCAGUUUGUCUGGUCUAUUUUUUAACACACUUUCACUUGGUGACCUCAUCACUUCCUAGAGGUUUAGUAAUUUUUAUGUUGAUGACUGUCAGAUCUACAUAUCCAGCCAAAGACUCAAUCCUACACUCCAGUCCAACAUUACCUAUUGGAUGUUGUGAAUUAUGUACUGUAGACAUCUCCAACUUGGCAUCUAAAACCGAACUCAUCGUCCUUUGUGCCCAAACACAUCCCUUUUCUAAACUACUCUAUAACUGUCAAAGAUACCACCAGGCAUCUCCCAGAUACUAAUCUCCUAACUACUUCUCAACUAUAUCCAAUAAGUCGCCAAAUCUUGAUUUUCCUUCACAACACAUCUUGUGUCUAUCACCUUAUUUCCACUUAUAUUCCUAGUUCAGGUCAUUACCUCUUGCCUGGCCUGUUGAAAAGACCUAAUUGAGCUCCUUGCCUAAAGUCUUUCCCUUUUCCAAUCUAAAUUCCACAUAACUGGCAAGGUGGUUUUCCAAAAGCACAGGUCUGACCAUGUUACUUCCUCACCCCUCACUCAAUUCCAGUGGCUCCGUCUAACCUCUAGGAUUAAGUAUGAACUUUGGCUCUUAAAGCUCAUCACAACCUGCUCCCAAACUACCUUUCCAGCCUUACUAUAUAUUACUCACCUCCACAUACUUUACAGCCUAGCCAAACUGGACUCCUUGACCCAUGACCUCUGUGCCUUUGCAUUGGUUGUUCCCCAUGCCUGAAAUGUAUUUGCUCUCCACCUUUACCUUCUGGAAUUCCUGAUUUCCUUAAAAACCCAGAUCAAACCCCACUUUCUGCAUGAAGCCUUCCCUGAUUCUCCCAGCUGUGAGUGCCUUCCCCAUCAAGGUUACCCUGUAUUUGUUUUGUAUGUACUUCAUAUAUAUAUUUAUAUAUAUAUACAUAUGCAUGCUGUUUCCUCCAUUAGAAUGUAAGCUUCUUUGAAGGCAGGGACUUCUAUUUUUGUCAUUGUAUCUUCAGUGCCUAGCACAGUAGCUGGCGUACAGUAGGCACUUAAUAAAUGCUUGUUGAUUGAUUCA